AUGCAGCAUACCUCCCGUCCGUACGGGCUUGAUUUUGUACAGCUCUCGCCUAGUGUUUUCUACCGAGAACCGCCAAAAGACGCCAAACCAACUUGGAGAGCAAUUUCAAAGGGUCCUCAUCUCAUUGUCAUUGCCACAUGGCUCAAUGCCUCCCCGGCGCAGGUUCAAGCUUAUCUUUCUGGCUACAAAUCCAUCUUCCCAACCUCGGGCUUACUGGUCAUCGCGACAACUACAAAGCAUUUCCUUUUCCAACCGACUGCUCAACGCGUGCGCGAACUCGAGCCUGCGCUGAGCGUUUUCCAAAACACAAAGGCUGAUGAAAAUAUUUUACUCCAUAUUUUCUCGAGCGGCGGUACUUGCACCGUCUACCAACUUGCAUCUGCGUACAGGGACCACACAUUCUGCCCUCUACCGGUAUCUAAGAUCGUUUUUGACAGCUGCCCAGGCGUCACGUCGUACAGCUCUACAGUUGCUGCUUUUUCCACUUCGCUUCCACAGAAUCCGGUCCUAUGGACCAUCGGAAAUGUGUUCUACCGCAUUGUUUUUGGUAUCGGGUUAAUUGCAGAGAAAUUGACCAGUUGGAGGAACAUUGUCGGAUGGGCUUACAAAGGAAUGAACAAGAAAGAACUAUUUCCUGAUUCUGCUGCCCGACUUUAUUUGUACAGUUUGGCAGAUGAGUUAGUUCCUUGGAAGCACAUAGAACAGCACGCUGACGAAGCACGCAAUAUGUGUCAGAAGGUUUGGAAAGUGAGAUAUACGAGUACGGCUCAUGUCUACCACAUGUUCCAAGAUCGAAAGAAGUAUUGGGAUGCCGUGAUGGGUAUAUGGGAUUCAGACUAUCUGUCUGGACCAGGGAAGAUUCGUGUGGCAUUUUAG